UUUAUAGAAAGGAAAAUCCUCUUGAGUUUUUUUUAGAAAACCACAGAACAAAGCUGUCAUGUAUGAAGAACCCAGAGACAUUUGUGAGGCAGCUCCGGGACAAACGUCUGAUAACAGAGGACAUCUACAAGAAAAUUGUAAGAGCAAAAGACCCUGAGCCAGAGUUGUAUAAAGCCCUGGAAUGGAUCCAAACCACCAAGAAGCUAUUCAUCUACCGCUUCUGGAGCUGUGUGUUUGAAAAGCACAUCAUAGACAAGUAUCCCACAGUCCGAGAGCUGCAGACUAAACUGUAUAAAAAGGCAGGUCACAAUGUGAACUCACAGCUGGGAGGACAAAAUGUGGUCAGGCCGGUGGUAGAGGUACCUGAUGACCAGCCUGGUUCAUCCUCGGACAUCACGCAGCCAAAUGAACAAGCGCGCAGCUCCUUGUCAGUGCCGAGAACAGACCAGAACUUGUGUCUUGUGACAUGUGGAGAAGUGCAAGGACAAAUGGACGCCAAUAAACUUAAAAAUGAGUCUUAUUCAGGCAAAUCAAAGUGCAUUCUGUAUGGUGGUAUGUGGCUCUCUUCCAUUGAGUUUAAACGUGUGGGAGGAAAGGAAACAUACAAAAACUGGAAAAGAAGCAUCCGUUAUAAGAAUGAACCACUGUCUAGGUAUACUGUAAAGAAUGGGCGUCUGUACAAGAAGCCAAAAAGAAGAAAAAGAAGGACUUUGUGA